AUGUCCCCACCGACGAUUGACGUACGGGCUAUUGCAGCCGCGGCCUUGGACCUGUCGUCGGCAGCCCAAGGCCAUCAUCAUGUUAACGUGAUAAACCCACCUUCGUUUGCCCUGCCACCGCUCGAGCCGCGGUCGAUUCCGGCACCGACCAACAACAACAAUAGGCUCCCACAGCUGCCACCAUUAAACUCGGUUUUCUUCCCGUGGUCGCCAAUCCAGGUCCAGCAACAUCAUCCUUACCUACUACAACAACCGGUUGUUUCAACGGGCCCGCGCAUACCGCCACCAGGGUAUCCCGACGCGGCGUGGCAUCCCCACCUCUUGCUGCACCCGCCCGCACCAGUAUCCACACCGGUGCUGCUGCCGCAUUCUCGACAUUGGCCCGGUGAGCCGGUCCGGCCUCUUCAACCUGCUCCAAACGUAAAUGAGCAGCAUGCCGAGAUACAAUUUGGAAGUGAGAGGCUUGGGCAACCCCCCCAAACGGGGCCUAGGGGCGAAGGGCAAGACGAGGAAAGCGGAGCGCAGCAGACGUUACCACCGCGAAAAUUGGUAGAGCGUUUCCGGGCUUCUCUGGAGGAACAGCUGAAACUCGAUUAUCGCUGCUUCGACCAGAAGGCACGACAGCAAAAACAGGCUGAGCUGGCCGAGCUGGAACGAGAGAAUAAGACCUUCAAGCUGCAGAAGAAGGCGGCAGAAAAGAUCACAGACGAAAAGCAGCGGGCGUACCAAUUGGACCGGGUGAAUCGCAACCAUGUCAAGAGAGUCGUUAACAUCCGCAAGAGGCACAGGCGGUAUCCUCGGGCUCAAGAGGUUUGGCAAAUCACCACCACCAAGAGAUAA